AUGAGAGAAGAAAAUCUCGAAGAAGAAGAUAACUUUAAUGUCAAAGUUGAAACAGACACGGGACCCGCCUUGAAACUGCGUCGAAGUGAAUGGCGUCAGCUCGAGUGUGACGACAGUACUAUAUUUAUUAAGGAAAUGAUUAUAGUAGAUUUUAUGCUUUCAAAAUUUGCAAUGGCUAACCCACCAGAUGAUGAAGAUACGACUCCUUCAAAAGAUGACGAGAAUUCCCAGAAUGCCUCUUCACCAGGAGGUUCAGUCCUCGUUCGCAAAACUAAGGAUUCAUCCCAGAAGUCCCCCACAAACGACUCAGGAGAAGGAGAAGAUGAACUUCCACCAGUGGACACAUUGGAAGCCUGCGGCAAAGCUGCCGAAAAGCUCCGAGACCUGUCCAGUCACGUGAACGACGGAGAAGUGCCCAUGGAUCUUUUACAGCAGACGGUCGGUUACGCUGUUUCUGUGUUGGAAGCUAUAUACCUGGACGAAGCCAAGCGUCUUUUGGAUGAAGAUGACGAAUUAUCAGAGGUCCAACCAGACGCAGUGCCACCCGAAGUCCGAGAAUGGUUGGCAUCCACUUUUACACGUCAGAUGUCCACGACUCGAAGAAGGUCAGAAGACAAGCUGAGAUUUCGUUCUGUAGCACACGCCAUCCGAGCUGGCAUCAUGGUUGACAGGAUCUACCGGCGGUGUUCCAGUUCCAGUAAUCUACAGAUGCCGGCACAAAUUGCCCAGAUACUUAAGAAUAGCGAAGACUGGUCAUUCGACGUGUUUGCCCUCAAUACCGUUGCUUCUGGACAAUGUUUGAGAUACAUGGGUCACUAUCUCCUGAACAGGUUCGGUCUCAUACAGAAGUUCAAAAUCUCUACGGCAGCUUUGGAGGGUUUCCUCAUCCAGAUCGAAAUCGGUUACGAGAAGUUCAGAAACCCAUACCACAACAACAUGCACGCAGCUGAUGUUACGCAGACCGUAUCCUAUCUCUUGUGUCAAGCGGGACUGGCGAAUUGGUUGACAGAUAUUGAAAUAUUCGCUACUUUAUUUGCCGCCAUUAUUCAUGAUUAUGAGCACACUGGAACAACUAAUUCAUUCCACGUCAUGUCAGGAUCAGAAACGGCUCUUCUGUAUAAUGACCGAGCAGUGUUGGAGAACUAUCACGUGAGCCAGGCAUUUCGUCUUUUGCGUGAUGAAGAACACAACAUCCUCAACAAUUUAAGUAAAGAAGAAUAUAGAGAAUUCCGAGGACUGGUAAUCGAGAUGGUCUUGGGCACUGAUAUGUCCUCCCACUUUCAGCAGAUCAAAACAAUGAAGACCCUGCUCUGCCAUUCAGAUUUCAGUGCAAUGGAUAAGGCUAAAGUAUUGUCACUAAUGCUGCACUGCUGUGACAUCAGCCACCCUGCGAAAGACUGGAAUUUGCACUUCCGAUGGACACAGAGACUCAUGGAAGAGUUUUUCAGACAGGGCGACAAGGAAAAGGAUCUCGGUUUGCCCUUCUCACCGUUGUGUGACAGAAACUCUACUCUAGUCGCUGAAUCUCAAAUUGGUUUUAUUGAUUUCAUUGUGUCACCGAGCCUGGAGGUAUGCGGUGACGUUUUAGACAGGAUCCUGCAUCACGUGGAGGCGAACAAAGAUGGCGUAAUCGCUGAAGACAGCACAGCUCCGACGAGGUGUUUACAGACUUCAUCCCCAGCCAACAGUCCGUCACACAGCCGAGCUUCGCCAAGACUCUUCGGAAGCCCUGGACAGUCACCGCGUCACCUUCCAGCCGGAGGGUCCGUGCCCAGACCUUGGCUCAAAUGCUUAGAGAAUAACAAGUUAAUGUGGCAGGAACUUAGCGACAAAGAUGCGGAACUUCGAGAGCAGAUAACAGAGGCCAGUAAGAAGAGGUUUAGGGAGUAUGCCAACGGACUUGACAAAUAAUAAAAGAGUAGCAGCUCGACACAGCUAGCCUGUACGCAGAUGAUGGACCCUUUCACAGUCAGAGUCACUGUCAUUCUUUCGUGAGAGAAAAGAGGGAUAUAACUAAUCCCAUUUCCUCUUUGCUAUUAUCAUCAUCCCAGGGUUCCCACGAUCUUGCACAGAAAGAGUCAACAUAGUUUUGUCUUCAGAGCUUCUUUCUUUAGUUGCAUUUUGUGGAAGAUAAUGAUCCAGAAUUCUGGUUUGCUGGAAAGGCACAACUGUGGGUCUCUCGCCAAAUAUUAAUAACAACAUUCUCGCCUUAACGAUAAUUUUCUCCUGAUUUUUUACUCCAUCAUUUAAUUAGAACAUGAUUUCUGCAGAUUAUAUCUCCAGCUAAUAUUAAAUUACUAACGCAAAUAUAUGAUGCACGCGUGUUUCAAUGAAUUGUCAUCAUUUCUAUUCCUGUUCAAUAAUAUUUAUAAUAUUUCAGAUAUAUCUAUGGAAAACUUAGUGCUGAAUUGGUGGUUAAAAUAUAUUUGAAAUGUUCUUAAUUAUUGAUUCAUAAUGUUUAAAAUUUUUUAUAAAAUCUUGACUAUUUUAAUGCAUAUUUAUAAAUGUGCAUCAACACAACAUAACUUAACCUUACUUCAAUAAUUUUUAUUGAUGUUCUUAAAACUUCUUCGAAACUAUUAAGUAUAUUUCUUUGUUUGUUAUAUUUUAAUGAUGCAAAACACUUGAAAUCCUUUGACAAAACUGUGCUCCAAUCAUGCAGAUUUACAAUCAUGCUAAAUUAAUCUUGGAUAGAGUUAUUCGUAAGUAGCAGUUAUUCAGUUCAUGAUAGGUUACAGUUGUUUAUUUGUGAAGAGUACUGCAACUCAAUGCUUCAUUUUUUUAAUUUGGCGAGAGUAUCUGCCAAUUAAAAUUUCAGAAAUGUUCGCUAAUUAGAGCGUGGGAACUCUGCAAACCACCACCAACCACCAUUGUGAUAUAAAACAAAAAUCCGCUUACAACUGCACCGUGCCCUACACUUUUCAUUCACUUCGUGCUGUACAUACUCUUUACUAUAAAUUUAUGAGCAAAAAGAAACUUUCCUUGUAGAAAUAUAAUAGGAAUCAGCGCUCUUCGAUUGAUUUUCGUGAUAAUCAUAUGUAUCUCUAUUUUACACUCAUUGCCAUAAAAAUGUGCGAGUCAAGAAAGAGUUGUCAGGAUCGAACGAAAUUUGAUGUAUGUGAAUGCAGUGUUCAUAUAAUUAAGUUUGAGCUUCAAACCCGUCGUGCGCGACUGCACUCCAUACGAAUGCGACGAUUAAUGGUGUCAGCACAUGAAAUGGGCGCCGAGAUACCAAAUUUCCUUCAGCCAGGCACCUCACAAUUGUACAGACAAACAUAGGGGCGAUACUGAAAAUACUUCACCUGUGUCUGGAUUGUGGACAAUUAUGCAGCUGGCGUUGCAUGUGCGUGUCAGAUGAUAUGAUGUUACUGUCCGCUGUUGGUCUGCCAAGGGCGUCCUGUCUCGUUGGUAUGCAACCUGUCUCUGUCGUCCACUAGUCCCAAUGCACUUCCUCACAGUGAAGUCAGGACGGCUUAUAUGGCGGGCUUGUUCGCUGCGCGGACCACCCAACUUACAUCAUCUCGAUGAUUCUUCCCCACUUGAUCUCUGAAAACUGAUCAUAGUAUCUUCGAUGACAAUGUAACGGAUCUCUAGUGAAAAGGUGUCCCCUUGAAACAGUUUAACUAUAGGCAAAAUGCCUCUGCGUAUCGUUUUUAUGUGCCAGGAGAAAACGAACCUCAGUGGCAUCGGAUGGCAUUACACAAUGUGCAGUCAUGCUGUAUGUCCAAUCAUUUGCUUAUCUGUCUGACACGCACCUUCAUGCCAAGCUUUGUUACGAUCCAACAAACAGAUCUUAGUCCGCAAAUUUUUAUGGCAAUAACUGUAUAUGAGAAUAUAUGAGAAUAUCAAAUUUAACAUAUUUUCAUAAUUUAAUGUACAAAUCUGAAAGCAAAUGAAAGAAGUUUAUAAAACAUGAAAGGAAAAGAAAUUAAUCCAGUAUAUGUAUAUAUUAUUAUGCUUCAUCAUUAUACAAUAGGACUUUUCAGCAAAUAUACUUCUGCGGAAGCCUUUAAAUAAUAUUUAUAUUCCCAGUGAAUCCCUCAUAAAAUUUAUUAUGUAUCAUUAUUAAUAUAUGUUAUUUUUAAAAACUUAAUUAUCCGUAAAGGAAAACGUAUAUAUUUUUUCAAGUUGUUGAUGUAAUCAAAAAUUUAACUUCUUUUUUUCGCAACUUUGUUAAAGACAAACUGUUUUUCAAGGGCCUGGAUUAGAUUAGAUUGUCUUGAUCGAAAACUUCAUUUUCAUUCUUGCAUUUUCUGCGUGUAAAAUUAAUUGAAUUCUUAUUUUUUGUUUUAGUUAAUACGGAAAAUACAAACCACCAACUGUCCCAAAUAAAAAAUAAAUUACUUUAGGGAAAAAAUUACCUGUCAACAUGGAGUUACCAACGACGACGAAGAGCGCUGAAUCAAACCCCUAUAAAUCCUUGUAUUUUUGCCCCCUUUUCUCUAUUAUAUUCACAUUGAGUGUAAAUAACAGUGAAGUACAUAUUUGUUGUAUAUUAUGAUAGCGUUAUUCUGCAAUAUUCAUGCAAAUGAGAAGAAAAAGUGUUUAAACUUAUACUGUGCAUGAGUGUAACAACAAACAAUGUGCCAUCGGAAUCUUAACGGUUCUUUCUUGACAUGACUUCUGUGUUUUUUUAAACAAAGCACUCUUACAUUAUUUAUUAUAGUUCAAAGCUUACACAGAAUAUGCUACAAACGUUUUCUGAACGUCAAGAAUCCUUAAUUUUUAUUUACUGAACUACCUUCAAAUACUAGCGUUAAUUUUUUAAACGUUCUGUGAUGGCCUUUUUUUUAUUUUUUCAUUUCUCAAACGCAGUGAGUUACGAAAUAAAAUAAUUUAACAAUUCAUUUCUAUCGAACGUCAAUGCACAAAAAUAUUAAACCCUUUUUUGACUUAAAUAACAGAAACCUAUUUUAUUGACUUGAAAAUUGACUUGAACUAUUUGACUAUUUGACUUGAAGAUUUUUAAAACGUAAAUAAAAUAGGAAGAUUGAAGAAUGUAAGGUUCAUUAAGUGUUCUUAAAUUUAUUUUUAGUUUCCAUUUAAGUGAAUUUAACCAAGGCCAACGAAUUUUAACCCUGAAGAACGUUUAUUUAAAUUUCAUUCGCUAAACACUUUCAUAUUAAAAAUUUAAUUAUUACAUUUUUAAUUUUCCACUUUCUGUUAUUUUUUGCUUGAAGCAAGUGCUUGAUAGUCCCUUCCUUCAAAGAAAAACUAAGGAAAGCUCUCCUAGUAUAUGGUAUAAAUUUAUGUUAGAUUUACUUAUGUACGGUCAAAGGUGAAGAGAGAAAUAAAAAAAAUAAUAAUGAAUUUCAAAAAAGAUAUUGAUAUUUCCUCUUCCAUAAACAUUUCUGUAUGCAUUUGAAUAACUUUUAUAACUUACAGAAGUUUCAGAAUUUCUUAUUUGACAAUUGUAAUAUUUUUAUGAGAAAAUAGUUUUUGUCAUUAAAAUAUUAGUUUUAAUUUUUAAAAUUAUAACGUUUUAAGCUCUAUUUCCUUAUUUCCCUAAUCCGUAUUAAAAAUCUAAAUUCUUCCGAAAAUCAUCCUCUUGACCCAAAAUAAAAAUGAAAAUAUAUUCCUACAUGAAAAUCAAAUCUUUAUUUUAUGUUUAAUGGUUAGGCAUUGCAAUAGCAUUUUUUUGUAGUUGUGCUACUUACGCUUUGCAAAACUGCUCAUUUCUGAUCACUCGCAAAACUUUUCUAGCUAUUCUUGGAAAGGUGUUUUUGUUUGUUUGUUUACAAAAAUGCUUCAGUGUCCCCUUUAAUAAUUCUCAUAACUUAGUCACAGUUUCCCCUGAAAUAGACUCGUAGGUUAGAAAAGUGUCGUCAGGACACAGGAACCCAGAGACAUUCUGCUGGGUUCAAUGUGGCCUGCAUCGUUACCUCCCGAGGGAGAUUCGUCGCUUCGUGUUUUCUAACUUCUCGAAUGCGGCGAAAAUGAAAAGGUUAUAUUUUUGGCCUAAUUAGCCAAAAGCAGGUUGUACAGGAUCAUACAAAGAAAAGUUUACUUAAAAAGAAGCGAAAUAGGAAUGCAAUUUCAGUCCUCCCUUCAGCUGCAUUGCAAUGGGAUUUACUGCUCAUUUGGAGCAGAAGCUGCCCCAAAACGUCCUGCUGAAUGUUAUCUUUUAGCCAGUUUCUAAGAAUUAAGCAUUGUUAAGCAAAAAUAAUUAAGCAUUAUUUUUGUUACACUCAUGUAAUCAGUAUAAACACUGUUGAGAAUUACGAGAUGUGUUACGAUCUAUAAGGCCAGAUAGAACAAAUAACAUCUAUAACUAAAAGCUUUUUCAUCUUAAAUUCGUUGGGAAUUGAACAAUGUUCUUGUUAAAGCAAGGGUCUCAAACUAGCGACCUAAUUUUAAAACAAAGACCAUAACAAUGAAAUUACAAUACUUCCCCUCCACUUGAAAAAAGAGGCCCUCUAUCAGAUUCCCUCAAAACUGGUAGAGCUUUUCCAUAAGCUUAAUCUAAAAUUACAUUUUGAAUAAUUUUUAAUUUAUUUGAAAAGAUAAAUUUAUAAAAAUGUGUUAAAAUGCCUUUUGUGAAGUUUCAUACUUUAAAAUAAUACCGCAAAAGCAUUUUUAAAAAUGAGAAUUAUUGAAAAUGUUGUAAAGCUAAAAACCGAGCCACGGUGAAUUAGAUAGAAUGGCCUUAUGUACUGCUAAACCUGUAUUACUGUCUGAAACAGAUUAUUUGUUUUGUGGCUCAUUAUAGCUCUUUAAGUGACUAAUCCGGGCCGCCCCCCGGGUUAUUUUCUCUAAUAAUGGAGGCGGAACUGUAGAGUUACUGGGAUGGGACUAUAUUAUACUAUCAAUGAUGAAUUUCUGGUGUCCCGCCCAGUUUUACCUGAAUUAAGAUUUUGAGAAAUCAUUCUACCGGCAAUUAUCCGGAAAGCAAAUUAUGAUUCUACUGCUAUUUAAGUGAUUUGGAAUUUUAUAAAAACUCAAAACUUAUUUUUUAGCUGCAAAGCUCCUAGCUUUAAAAUGAGGCGAUGUCAAAAAUUCUCCUCUGUCUAGUUUUCGAAAUUAUUCACAAAUCAUAUAUUACUCUGGAAAAAUUUAUUUUUACCAAAGUCAUUGAAAUAAUUUUUUAUUUUUGCUCUUUCAACCAAUGCCGAUAUUGGGCUUUUCCUGGAAAAGUUCUGUCAAACAUGAUCAUUCACAAUAGAUAUAAUUACAUAUUGUAUAUACUACUGGACGCGAUAAGAUAAUGUUUAUAACUUCGGUAUUUUCGAUUUUAUUAUUUAAUAGUUUAUGACGUUAAAUAUUAAAUAUUGAUUAACGUCCCUAAAUAUCCGGACGUUUUAUUUAAUAAUUACUUGUUAAAACAAUUCGAAAAGUUUACUUAUUUUUUAUCAUAUCCUUUAAAAGUAAUUACUGUUGCAAUUUAAGCCUUUUAAUACCAUUCCGUUUAUAUUUAUUUCUGCCUCAUUGCAAGCAUUUUAAAAUAAUUACCACUUUUAUCAGUAAUAUUUAGUUUAGUUUAGAUGUAGCGUGAUUUAUUGUCAUUUUUCAGUAAUAUCUGGUUCAGUGUAGAUGUAGCAUAAUUUGUUACCAUUUUAAGCAGUUUUUCUGUCAGUUUAAUCUUGCAACAUUUUACAGAUGGUCCUAAAUAAUAACGCUAAGUAAUUUAUCUAGUCAACGGAAUAGUGUGAAAUGUCUAUAAAUACUACGCUUUCAUAUUAAGAUCGCUACAUUUUUCAUAACAAAAGUGCAAUAAUAAUCAUUUUGCUGCCAUACCAUACGAUUUGCAUGAAAAUUAGAAAAAACUGCAUUUUACUUCAGCGUUUGAGACCCUUAUGAAAUCUUUUACUUAAAGUAAACUAAGAGUACUUAUUUUUUAUUAUUGUUAUUUUUAUUGCAUUUUCAAUAUUUAUGUUAUUUUACAUUGUGUGAUACUGUUUGUUAAUUUCAUAUGUAUAAAGUCAAUCAAUAUAUCUUAAUGCAAAGCUUAUAAAGUACGGAAAUUCAGUGUUAUGUUACUCGAGUGGAAAAGUAUACUUUUUGUACCACUUAUGUUUAUAUUUCAUUUGUAUACCUGCGUGUAUAAAGAUUUUGUACAAUGCCAUGUGGUAUUGCAUCAGAUGCUGAAAGAGUAAAUCAAGUAUCCUAUUCUAUUAUAUUUGUAUACAUAUAUAUAAAUUGCAUGCCGUAUUUUUAGAAAUGAAUAUGAAGUCUAAAUUUUCUACUUUCAAAGUAACUUAAGCAAGAAUUUUGCUGCAUAUGAAAAUGGCAUUGAUAGAAUAAUUUUAAGUUUCCAGUUAAAGGGAUUCUCUGAGAAUAUUUGCAGUAAAAUCGCUUCUUAUUUUCCAUUCAUUUGAUAUUUCUCGUUACACAGUAUUACAUGAAGCGAUUUAUCAAUAAAUUAUUUAUUAUUUGGUUUAUAUACAAUAUGAAACUGUUUCCUUAAAAUUAUCUGUCAAAUCUUAUUUUUGAAUUAUGUUGUACCCUAGUGAAGGUGGUGGCAUACAGAAGUGCAGCAGAUUUUAGAUUUAUAUAAUCAGAAAUUCUCGAUUUAUUUUAUUAAUGAUCUUCUUCUUUAUUUCUUUUACAUCGUAAAAAAAGUUUUAAUUAAACGGAAAACAAAAAAGAAGUACACCUGCAUCAAAAUGAGGUACCCUUCCAUUGAAAGUGAUUUCGUAUUAUUUUAGUGGAAGGCUUAAGAUUCCUUUAUUAACAGAUGACUUUCGCAACAUUUUGCUUGCUUUUUUUCUUACUAAUUUAUUUAUAUUAUGAUACAUAUAAUCACAUGUUUCCAACAAAAUUAUGCAAAAUAUUUGUGCUGCUUUUGAAGAAAAUUGGCCUGUAUGUAAUUCCCUCGAAAUACACAACUCAUUUCUUAUAACACUAACAAAAGUUUAAAUAUAAUUAAGCCUAAUAUUAAAGUGCGUUUUAACUUAACGCUGUGAAUGCCACGUCACUCAAACAUGAAUGAUGAGUAAGUUAUUCCGUCACCCGUUGUGGUGAUAGAUUUAUUAAUCUUUAAUUAAUCUAUUAGGUAUGACAAUAUUAAAAACUAGCAAAUUUUUAAUAGUGACAAAACUAUUUAAGAGAAGCAGCACUCAAAAUUAUGCACGAGUACUUACAGGUAACUUAUCCGUUAAAAGAUAUUCAUAAAAAUACUAGCUUUUUAUGACAUACAAAGUGUGUCCGAAAAGUUUGAUAAAUGAUCUCAGAAAAUAAAGGAAACAAGAAUUGCAAACAAAAUACCUUUACUGGGCCUCCAAAGUAAUCACCAUUAGCUACAAUACACUUCUGACAUCGGCAGGUGACAGGUGACGGAGGACGGGGACGUCUGGUGUUUAACAGGGGUAAGCAGGCAUAUGUCCCACGCCUUCCACUAUCCAGAUGCAACAACUCCCUGGAUCCGCACAAGGCCGCACCGGGAGUUUAUUGAUAUUCCAUUCAAAUUAAACAUGGCCAUACAAGGGCGACAUUGUGUUACAUUGAAAUUUGAUGUACAUUUGUGGGUAAAGCUGUGACAAACUGUCAGCAAACGCUUCUUGUGGAAUCGCUCGAAGCACCGUGGUCAUGCAUUGUUGGAUACCUUGAAGGGCUAAUUUAAGACGGGAAAACAAAAAGAAGUGUGGCAGUGCCAAAUCUGGAGAAUAAGAAGGGUGUUGAAGAAUAGAAUUGCAAAUUCUGGUCAGACAUGUCGAUAAAAUCUCUAGACGUUUUCAUUCGAGUUUGCUUCCGCUCGUCUGCCAGCGAAUACGGUACAAAGUAGGCAUAAAUCUUCUGCCUUUUUCUAAUGUAAGCAAUAGUGCUUACACUGUCUUUGCUUAUCUUCAAAUUUUCUGCUAUCAUUCUCAAAGACAGCAGCCGAUUAUCCACAAGCAUCCGCACCCAUUCAAUGCUGUGUGGGACUAGGCCUAUUGGUGGUAGCCUCGAACGCUGCUAAAGCGUUUAAACCAAUCAAACACACACUUUUGUUUACUGCUUCGACACCAUAGACUUGCACUAACAUUUCAUGAGUCUCCGUCGCCGGCAUCGCUAGUUUAAAGUAAAACUUCAUGUAAAGGCGCUGCUCCAUAUUGCAAAGACACGAAUUCUCACACUGACUUCAUUAGCUUAGUCGCAGCGUGUACCACUGCUUCACUUCGGUGAGUUGCACGAUAGGGGACGCUUGUUGACAUGUCUGUCAAUAGAUCGAUGUCACUUUUUACUUAUAGUUAAUUAAGUACAAAAUAACUUACUUUUUCGAGUUUGUUGAGAAUAAGAAAUAAAAAGUAAAAAGGAAAGACUUUUGGUUUAUGAUACUUCAUGCACGGAUUUCCCUUUCUGCAAAAUUUUCACUCUAUAUCUGCAAACGUAUAAAAAAUGUGUAAAUAAAUGUAAUCAUAUUUUUAUAAUGUAUAUAAACAAGCCAAAAACGAAUUAUAAGCACUUAUAGUUUUAUAGUUUAGUUACAAUAUUGAGAAGACGUCGGAUAAAACAAGGUCUAGAAAGGUAAUUUAGUAAUAUUUUACUAAUUGCUAAAAUUUAGUGUUCUGUAAAUUUUAAUAAUCAAUAACCAAAAUAUGUAAUAAGUAAAAAUUUACUCAUAUGAAAUUGGACUAAAAUAUGAUUAAAAAUAUACUUACAAAAUGUAUCCUAUUGAUCCACUUGGGUUUUUCCUCGAAACAAAAUCACAUAUUAUCCCUCCAACAGUUUUUCAUCCUGUAUUUGUUUUGAUUAUCAGUUUGCCUGUUUUGUUGGUAAUAUACACCAGCGCUAUUAUUUUAAGGAGAUGGUUUCUACAUAGUAUAUAGUUUAUCCACUCAAAACAGUAGUAGAAUGGUAAAGUAAUUUUUAAAAAACUUCUGUAACCUAACAUAUUCCAUGGUUAAAAAUCUCAAAAUUUUAAUUAAUUUAUUUUUUAGAUACGCGCAAAUGAUUUGUAUCAAACCAUAAAUUUGGAUAAAUAUCUAAAUUUUACUGAGCAUUCAACUUGAUCUAACUUUCAUUUCUAUAAUAAAACGGACCUGUGCCAACAAAUUCUAACACCUGAAGCAAUCUCCAUAUGGUUUCCCAUAUAUAUAUAUAUAUGUGUGUGUUUUUUAAUUUUUUCACUAUAAUGCUUAAUUUAUUAUAUUUUUAAUUUUGCGAACUCUGCAUUUUACUUGCAAGUGUCCUUCUCGCCCUGUUCUCGAUCUAUUUAAAACAAAAUAUUAAUUUUUAAAAAUUAUCUUUCAUUUUUAUUUUAAAUGAAAAGAGAAAUAAUUUAAUGAUAAAAACGUUUUUAUAUGUAUAUAUCACUGCACACACAACUGGUUGUAAAACUUUUUCUCAAGCAUUUUAUUUUAAAUUUUGCAAACUUUUGAGUUACGUUUAACAUGAUUUUGUAAAUUACAUGCAUUCUUUGGUUCAAUUUCGCAGGAAUACAGUGGCAAGAAAUAGCAGCAUUUGACUAUUGAUAACGAUUUGAAAACUAACAAAUAUACGAUAUAAUUGAAAUAUAUUUUCACUUUAAAUUCACCUCAGUUGACACCUUAAACUUCUAAAUAACAUAGUUCUAAUAUUAAAUUUUUGAAUGUAAGAAAAUCCUUUUUUAUGGGUUAGUCAAGAUAAAUUCACAGUAUAUUAUUCCACAUCCUACUUUUACGUAUAUCCCCUUUAUCAGCUAUGAAAUAUCCCUUUAAUUGGAAGUUAUUAAAUGAAGCUUAAAUUUGUAUGUAAUUGCUAAAUUCUUUCAAUGCCAAUUUUCAAGAUUUUAUUGCUACUUGGAUGAAAACGUCAUAUAUUCUUAGAAGAGUGAUGAAACAUGUUAUCAUCAAAGUGCAAACUUUUACGUAUUAAAUUAGCAAAGAAUUUAUCUCGUGUAUGUUAGAGAGUGUUUAACCAAAAUAGUUCAGUGCUCUUACUAGUUCAUAGAGCAUAGCUUAUAGAAAGUGAAGCGCUUAUGAAAGCCUCCAUCCAUUCAAAGUCUUAAAUCUCGCUUGUGCUGCGUCAGUAUUUUGAUACUAUAUCUAUUAUAUCAUUGCUAAAAUAUUACGUAGAGCUAAGCCUAACUGAUGAAGUCUUGUGGCGUAGAACACUUACUUUUCAUGCCCUUUCAAUGAUUAUAUGUACUUGUCCGAUAGCAGUUUACUAACAAUUUUUUGGCACAGAUAUGAUACAGACUGUUGAUUCGAAAUAAAGCAAUUUAACGUAACGUGUGGUAUAAUGUGGAUGAGUUGAUUAUUGUCUGCGUUUUAGUCCAUAUCACUUUUUCUAUACCAAUAUGGCGCCAUCUAGAUUAAGAAUUCGAUGUAAUGCAGACUCACUCGUGUAAAACUCCGUCAUUUAGGUAUUCUUGAUCUGAGUACUCUCAGUCAUCAAUAUCAUGUGAAGGAAUUGCAUCAAAACAAAGAUUUAAAUUAAAGACGGUUGACGCAAUUUUUCGAAUUUUGAAUAUUCUGUCUACUUGUGUGAAUCUUAGCCUAGCAAAUACUUAUAAAUGAUUAACUUCUUGGCUUUUAAAUCAAUACAGUAUCUGAUCUAAUCAUCUGUUCAAAAGCUAUAGUACUAAUAUGGCAAUUUAUCCAAGGUUUUAAGCCUUACGAUUUGAUAAAUCAAAACAUGAAACAGAAAUGGGCCAGUGUAAUGAAUAACACAACCAGAAACAGUUUCGCAUUUCUGAUAUUUUGACUGAAUAUGAGUUUCUUGGUUUAUUGGAAAUAUCCAGCUCUAUCUUAAUAGAAUCAUGCUUCUUACAGUUUUAACGCUGUUUCAAGGUUCUUGCAUCGAUAGCAAUACGUUUGCAAAAAUAUCGAUCUCUGUACUGACCAUGAGGUCCCAUGAAACUGCCACAUACGUUAAGAUGGCACUGGAAACUCCAACAUUGAAUAUGCUGGGAUACUAAGAGAACUUAGAAACAUAGCUACCUAUUUUUUCACUAAUACACAAGCACUCAUUUCUUAACUAGCGUAGUGUAUCAAUUCUGAUGUCACCUUUCUGCGAGUGGAGUAUUCCGGCUUGCUCAAAAUUCGCUAUCAUUCCGCUUACUGGAUCUGUUUGAGGUUACAAUUUAGUUAAUUACAUACCUACAGCCUCGUUUAUCUUUUUAUUUGAUUUUAACUUUCUGAAUAAUAACCUCUCUGCCUGAAUAUAACCAUCUUCUGAAAUAUAAUCUUCCUAAUUCAUAACCUUCUGGAAUAUAACUUCCGUGUUUAAAUAUAACUUUCUUCUGGAGCAUAGCUUCUUUCGGAAUAUAAUCUGCCUGUAUCAUUUUAAAUUUCUUCUUCGAUGUAAUUGAUAAAACUUUUGCUUCGUUUCAGUAGCUUACGUUCCACAAGUAAGAGUUACGUUGAAUUGUUAUAUGUUUUUAAAAUUGUUUCUUCGUACUAACAUUCUACCUUCUAGAAAAUCAACAGUUUAAACAACAAGAGUUUCUUGACGUGUAUAAAUCUGAAGAGGCAUGUUUUUGCACUUCCAAGCUGAAAAUGGAAGUAGUGAUCCAUAAAAUCAGAAAGAUAUACUAAUUAAAAAUCUCACAGUUCAAUAUCAUAUUAUUGAAUAAAAAAUCUGUUAGGAAUAAUUAUUAUAUAGCAGGCAAGAGUAGCAGGUGAUAUUAUAUUUGAUUUCUGACCCCUGUCCUAGUUGGAUCCAGUGAUAUCUUAGUAGAAAAUGCAUUUAUUUACUAAUGUGGAUAAGGUGUUAGUUAUCUGUUAAUUUCCAAAAAUUAUCUAUCUGCUAAUUUCUAAAAAUUACUUAUCCGCUAAUUUCCAAAUUAUCUCUUAAUUUCCAAAUGAUAGUCUUGUGGUCUUCAGCGUUUUUUUUCGAGAGCACAUCAAGCAACGUAAUUGGUUUGGUAUAUUAUGGCAAAGCACUCGAGGACUAUUUGCCCAAGGAGAAAUGCCUUCAUUGGAGACUUUCUACGAACACUGGCUUGUUUCUACGUUACACAUUAGAAAAUCUUCAAAAACGCAUAUGCAGCCAGCCCGUUCACCGAGAUUCGGACCCUGGACCGAACUGCACUGGUGAGAGACUUAACAGCUUGGCAACUGGUGGGCUGUAACGUAACUGAUAGUACUAUAGUUAAAAUAGAACUCCUCGAAUGAUUUCAUUAUAGUUUUCGAUAAAUCAAUAGGUAGAAAAUAAUUUAUUAUUCAAAAUAACAUUUCAUUAACCUAUGUUAGGCAUUUUCACAAUUUUUAACCCGCCAAGCCCGUCAUUUGCCGUAUAAAGCACCAUGAUUCUGGUUGACUAACUAUUUACAGCAAAGCACGUGAGUGCUAUCUCAGGAGAUGCAUUCAUGGAGAAGUUCCUAAAGUUAUGUACGGGACUGAUUUUGUUCUACGCCACUCAACUUCAAUUUCUAUUGAAACAUAAAUUUUCAGCGUGCAAGAACGGUGAUCGAGACGUGGGACCAAACGAGUAGAGAAAAUGUAUUUAUUGAGGCUAUACAAGUUGGACGUUAAGAUUUUCAAAGCUUGAUUAAGAAUGCUAAUUUUAGAUGUCAACAAUGUUUUUAAUGAAUUCUCAAUUGUAAAUUUAAGGAUUUAUUUAAUGAACGUAAAUUACUUACUUUUUUUUGAUAAUUUAACAAAGAUAAAUAAGUAGUUUUUGAUUAUUUAAUGACCUUACAUACAUUGCUUUUAUAAUCUGCUGUAUUUAAUACCUAUAUAUAAUAUAAUAAUGAAGGUAAGUAUAAUUUUGUAUAAUUCGUAUUACACAUUGGUAUUAAAAUUACUUUUGUUAAGUAUUUUGUCGUUCAGCUAACAAAUUUAAAGAAGUUGAUAAUAUAAAAUGAAUGUUCGAGAUGGUAACAAAAUUUAUAUUUUCUUUAGAAUUGCAUAGACAAAAAAUUAUAUGAGUAUUUCAAAAAUAAAAUUACUGUUUAAUGAUUGUAAAAGCGAAAAUAUAAUUAAAGAUGUUUUGUCCUUA